UUUACCUCUAUUGCGUAACUGAGUUUACAUACUCUUCACUCUCAAAACCCAAAACCCUUUUCUUCCUAACAAUGUAUCUCCCCCGCCACAUACUCAUCAGAACCUUCAUCCACCGCCGUCCCUUCUCCCAUUCCGCCGCCGCCAUCCUCCACCCUCCAGAGCCAGACCUAGAGCCAUUCACUUACCUCCCAGGCUUUCCAAAACCCAACCCUAAGCACGACGAAACCAUCCUCGCGAUUCCCCGCAGAGAUUCCGGUAAGAACAUUUCAGCCAAGGAACGCAAAGUCGGCCGCGUUCCGAGCAUCGUGUUUGAGCAGGAAGACGGCCAGCAUGGUGGUAACAAACGCCUCAUUUCCGUUCGCACCGAUCAGAUCAGAAAGCUCGUUAAUCACCUCGGACGCUCCUUCUUCCUUUCUCGUCUCUUCAACCUUCAAGUUCGUCACCAAUUCGACUCCGAUUCGAACUCUAACGAUGAGGAUGUCAUCGAAAACGUUCGCGUUUUGCCCCGCAGUAUUCAUUUGAAAGCUGGUACAGAUGCACCUUUGAAUGUUACAUUUAUAAGGGCUCCAUCAGAAGCUUGGUUGAAAGUUGAUAUUCCUAUUGUGUUCAUAGGAGAUGAUGUAUCCCCUGGACUCAAGAAAGGUGCUUCUUUGAAUACCAUCAAAAGGACUGUUAAGUACCUAUGCCCUGCAGACAUUAUUCCCCCGUAUAUUGAAGUGGAUUUAAGUGAGUUGGAUGUGGGCCAGAAGAUACUCAUGGGCGAUCUCAAUAUUCAUCCUGCAUUAAAACUUCUUCACUCAAAAGAUGAAGCUGUUUGUAAAAUUAUGGGCCAAAGGGUUUCUGAAACACAACCAAAGAAAUCGAAGUAACUACUUAUCGUAUCUUUGGUGGUUGCUAUUGCUGCACUGAAGAUUUUUUAGCUCACAUGUAACAUUUGCAGUCAUCUUAUUAGUUGAUUCUUGGCAGCAGUGAAGAACACGUUUAUAGAAUUCCAAUAUUAGGUUUUUGCAAGCCUCCUUUUCAUUGCCUAUUCUCUUCCCCUUUCAGUUCACUCUUUCUGCUGUUUUUUUGCCAUAUAAAAGAAUAUAUUGCAGAUGAGAAUAGGUAGUUGAUAUGUUGAAAUUAUGAAUGCAAUAGAAAUGUUUAUGUUUUGGGUUAUUACAAGUAGAGGGUUGCCACUAAGUCCCUUCCUAUCCUUAAUAAAUAGUUCAGGCUUCUUGUUCAUGACUCCA